UUUCCCCGUCUUUCAUUGCAGACCAUCAAGCCUUCGCCGGGACGUGAUAACAGCAUCUUUUGCUGUUAUUCAGCUCUCGCAUCUCAAUGACACUAUCCAGUGUUAACUCUUGCUUUUUUUCAUAAGAGAUUAUUUUCAUAGACUUUUCCGUGUGAUUUUUGUUUUUUCUUGUUUUGUCUACGGAACUUUGUACAUUUUCUUUUCUUGUCACCAUGGUGCUAGGAAAGGUAAAAAGCUUCAUUGUAAGCUACGACUGUCUUAAUGACAGCAAUGUCCCUGUUUUCUCGAGUGGGGACUCAGUCUCAGGAAGAGUUAUUAUCGAAGUCACCGGAGAGAUUCGGGUGAAGUCACUUAAAAUAAACGCAAAAGGAUUCGCUAAAGUUCGUUGGACAGAAUCACGAAAUGCUGGAUCCAGCACUGCCUACACUCAAAAUUACACAGAAGAAGUGGAAUAUCUCAAUCAUAGAGACAUCCUAAUUGGCCAUGAAAGAGAUGAUGAUAACUCCGAGGAGGGACUCACCACUAUUCAUUCAGGAAGACAUGAGUAUGCAUUCAGCUUUGAGCUUCCACAAACACCUCUGGCUACCUCAUUCGAAGGAAAGCACGGCAGUGUGCGCUACUGGGUAAAGGCUGAGUUGCACAGGCCGUGGCUUCUGCCCAUGAAGACCAAGAAAGAGUUCACUGUCUUUGAACACAUCGACAUCAACACUCCUCUUCUGCUGUCUCCCCAGGCAGGAACUAAAGAAAAGACUCUAUGCUGCUGGUUUUGCACCUCAGGUCCAAUUUCCUUAAGUGCCAAAAUUGAACGAAAGGGUUAUACUCCAGGAGAGUCCAUUCAGAUCUUCGCUGAAAUUGAAAACUGUUCCUCGCGUAUGGUUGUGCCAAAGGCCGCCAUUUACCAAACACAGACCUUCUUUGCCAAAGGGAAGAUGAAGGAGAUCAAGCAAUUGGUGGCCAACAUCCGAGGAGAGUCUCUUUCUUCUGGCAAGACGGAGACAUGGAAUGGAAAGAUGCUGAAGAUUCCCCCUGUAUCGCCCUCCAUCCUGGACUGCAGUAUCAUAAGAGUGGAGUAUUCACUUAUGGUGUAUGUUGAUAUCCCAGGAGCCAUGAACCUGUCUUUAAACCUGCCCCUGGUGAUUGGCACCAUUCCUCUCCACCCCUUUGGCAGCCGUACAUCUUCUGUGAGCAGCCAGUGCAGCAUGACCAUGAGCUGGUUAGGCAUGCCCCUCCCAGAAAGGCCUGAAGCUCCUCCAGCCUAUGCAGAGGUGGUCACAGAAGAGCAGAGGCAGAGCUGUCUGGAAGUUUCGCCAGGGCGGGAGAACUUUGAUGGCCCGCUCUUCGCCUACAUCCAGGAGUUCCGCUUCCGCCCUCCCCCACCCUACUCUGAGAUUGAUCCACAUCCAGAUCAAGCCACAUCAACUGCGGAGCAGAGGCUCGACACCUGCCCAUCACGCUGAAAAAUGCAUGGCAUGAGUCCAAAGCAGUUGGACUUUAGGAUCUUUCACUUUUGUUUAUCUCCCGAUGACAGCGAUUGCUCGCUCUGCUGUCACCACUGAGAGAAAACAAACCUCUAUGGGAAAAUCCAGAAAUAAAGGCGCAGGAAGUCACUGGCAAUUUACCCGAUCCAGAGAUUCAGCCCCCGUGGAUGGUACACGCCCUGUCGGACUGUCCUUGCGGAGCUUUGUCAAGUAGUCGAUUUUUCUCACACUAUCCAGUAAAGGUUGACAAAGAACACGCAGAUCUUGUCCGAGAUCUGAAGAGAAAUGCAAGAAAAAGCAGCCAUUGGCAGAACAGCCGAGAGAAACGCAUCAUCUAUAGUUUUGGACUUCUUUUUGCACAAGUUUCCUCGCUUGAGUUUGAAAAUCACUGAUUGUUUUGUUGUUUUCAGCCUCUUGGAGUGAGCCUAUAAGAAGUUUUGCUUGAGCUGCACAACUUGCAAACAGCGGAUGGAUUUCGAGGAAAAAAAACAGACUGAUGUAAUGCACUGAUCUGGUUUAAGCUCUGUAGUUUUCAUUGAUCAUUGAUAAUCUGCUCUUGCUGUCUGAAAGCUCUUGCGAUGUUGCCUGGCCAACAUGAGUGUGGCUUUUGUUUUCCGUUCUCCUGUUCACAUGGACUUUUAUUUUGGGUUCUAAAUGUAGAAUGCCUUUAAGCCAAACAUGGUUUGCUUGGUGUUAAAUUUGUUGCACAUGUUGUUUAGUGGAAAAGCAACACUCUGUUCUUGCCGCUCAUGUGCGCGAUCGGAACAGAGAGAUAAAACAGGGUGGGGUUCAGGCAGGCUGCCUGGAGAGUCUGUUGCCUUUCUGUGUAGCGUUUAGCAGUGCAGGCUUGGAGAUUGCACUGCCUGAAAAAUAAGCACUCAGUCUCAGGUGAUCUUCUCACUUGCCAAAUGGUGAAAACAAAAACUAAAAAAAAAAAGUGUGUAGAUUACGUUUCAGUUGCACUGUUUCAGUUCAAGGAAGGAACUAUAGAAGGAAAAUCAGAUUCCAUAUUGACAAACUGAUUCAAAGACAGGAGAUAUGCACAAAGAUAGAGAAGGCAGCUUUCAAAGACUUCUAACAUUCCCUUUUUGUCCUGCUACACUGGCAGACUUGCAUUAGCUUAAAUGUUUCUUCAGACCAGUGAAGCCAGAAAUGACUCAGAUGAAGGCACAAAUGCUUAAAAAGGCAAGCAAAAAAAGAGGACUCUGGAUCUCGAAGUUGAAAUGAGUUGUACAUUUGUUUUAAAAACUCAUUUGACUAUAUGUAGUUAGGCUCUGAAAAUUCUUGGCCUUCAUUAAGCACUUUUUUUUUACUAUGUCUGGAUGAGGUCUGGAGAAAGUUUGGCAUUUAUACAUUUCCCAAUGUAGAUAAGUAGUGUUUAGAUUUGUAGUAUACAUAGACUAAUGAUUCAGCAUUUCGUUAGUGGCCUUGAUGGAGAACUGAUCUUAACAUGAUUUAUCAUUUACGUUAUUCUCACCAAUCAUUGUCCUGUCGUCUUUUGCUCCUAGAGUUACUGUUUAGUUCAAAAGGACAAAAAGGGAAAACCAAAAAGUCCUUUUAAAGCAAGCAUUGAUUAUGACACUUUAAUAAAAAAAGAGUUUUAGUUUUUAGUUAUGGGUUCUGAUGAAUACCGUUGGGCAUUCAGUGUUUGUUUUCCACACAAACAAUCUAAUAUAGAUCUUCUCAUCACCAUUAUUAUGGGAACAAUAGCUGUAGCACACCUCCGAGAAAAAAGGACUGAAGAAAUGAAUCUUCUGUUGUGUUAUAGUUGAAACACAAUUGGCCACUAAAGAAAGAAUAAGCUUCAACACAAAAAGGAAAGUGCUUCUUUUUGUGGUUGGUCAAUAACACUAUAGUCUAACGCUUGGCCUUCCGUGUAGUCCAGUGUUAAAGCUAACCUCUUGACUCUGUCAGGAAACACCAUAGUGAAAUAUGGUUUGUUUUAGAAUUUAAGUGCAAUAUUUUCCAAGUUUAUUUGGUCUCAGUUGUAUAAUUGGUCUUAUUUCAUUGUGAUUUAAUUUCAGCGAUCGUUAUGAACAUUAAAUAAUGACUGAAA